AUGGCGACCUACACCAUCAUAGUCGAUGACAGGGAUCCGGGCAUCAUAUAUUCACCACAGACAGUUGGUUCUAGUGGGAGCCAGCUUGAUGGCUGGUUACACACAACAGUAACGCGAUCCGGAUUGAACGGGUCGACUCUGACCUACACUUUCCUAGGAACUUCCAUAUCUGUGUGGGCCAUAGUAAACGGCUCGAAACCCAACACAGAUAUCGCUUACACUCUGGACGAUAGUGCUUCUACAUCCCACACCAUCGAGUCAGGGUCUCCAGGCGUAGUCCUGGGUCAUCAAAAUAUCUUCACAAUCGAUUCACUUACAGGUGGAAACCACACCAUCGAAAUCACCAUCCUGACGCAGACAGACAACACCAAUUUCGAGUUAGAUUACUUCCUCGUGGAAGCACCCUCCAAUUCAUCAAUCGAGACCUCCCCCACGUCUGUUCUCUUCAUCGACGACACCAGCCCUUACUUGAACUACAGCUCGCAGGCGGACUGGACCAACACAACUCCGUCCUUAGAUGCGCCGCAAGUCAAUCUCGUGAUGAAUGGGAGCUCCACGGGUACCCUGGCAGCAGGCGCUACUGUGUCCUUCACUUUCACAGGCUGGGCAAUCAUCGUGUACGGAAUAGGCGUUGAUAAUACAACGCCUAUCGCCACCUACAGACUCGACGGCCAUACUCCAGACAGUGUCCACGUUCCGACCUACUCCGGAGCCACCCUCAAUUUUGCUUUCAUAAGCGAAGUCUUUCCCCUGAAUGCAGGCGAACAAGAACAUUUCCUCGAAAUCACAGCAAAUUCUUCCGACCAUUUCUACCUUGAUUAUAUUACCGUCCAAUCAUCGAAGGCAUACGUACCUACCCUUGGUGCCACCACACAGUCGAACGAAUCAGCCACAUCAGCUGCGUCGGCACACACUUCGCAUGUGGCAGCAAUCGCAGGCUCGGUAGUGUCUGCUACUCUUUGUAUCAUCGCUUCGGUCGCCAUCUCAGUCUGCAUUUGGAGAAGAAGAUCUUCUGUGCGCCGACAGAAGGCGUUACGAGAUACAAUCGACCCUAUGUUACUCGUCAACAGAGCCCAGGAGCGCGACAUGAAUGAAGCCAGCUCAGAAACCAUCACACCAUUCAUAUUGCCUCCCUCUUCUGCUAUGCUCCUCGAUCCAAAACCAACUACAGCUACUCGAGCUCUGUCUAUAGGCUUGUCACAGCAUACUUCAACGCCACCAGCACCCACACGAAUCGACGUCCCAGAAAGUAGUGUAAUCGAUAUUUCUCCGUUCGGGAUUGUACCUCCUCCUAGUUACUCGACUGCGGCAUCUUCAUGA